UAAUUUGUAGAGUACUUACCGGAAGUUACUUUUAUUUUAGACGUAGUAGGACGCUUCCGGUUGUGGGAGUCAAUUCAGUCGCUUUAGUGUUUUGUAGAGAAAGACAGCUGAGUUAGUUUAUAGUGAGGGAAAAAGAAGCAGAAGAACACAACAUGGACUGUGAAGAGAAGACGUACGGUGGCUGUGAAGGUCCCGACGCCAUGUACGUGAAACUAAUCUCCUCGGACGGUCACGAGUUCAUUGUGAAGAGAGAACACGCACUGACAUCAGGAACCAUUAAAGCCAUGCUGAGUGGCCCAGGUCAGUUUGCUGAAAAUGAAACAAAUGAAGUGAAUUUCAGAGAGAUCCCGUCUCAUGUCCUCUCCAAAGUCUGCAUGUAUUUCACAUACAAAGUCCGAUACACCAAUAGCUCCACAGAAAUCCCAGAGUUUCCCAUCGCUCCAGAAAUCGCCUUGGAACUGCUCAUGGCUGCAAACUUCUUGGAUUGUUAAACGUAUGGCUUGAACAUGAUUGAGCUCAUAAAACAUUUUGCUAAACUAAAAAUAGUCUAAAUGUGUGGCAGAAGGACAUGUGUAAUUUUUAGUUCCCUUUUCCCACAGUAUUAGUUUUGUCUAUGCUACAAAAAUUCCUAACAAGGAAUUCGUUAAGCAGACAGCAUGCUUAGUCUGUUUAUGCACCUGUACUAAUAAAUAGCUGUGAAAUGCUAUUCCUUGAAUAAAAUGAUUAAAUUAUUGUCUA